GAAACAUCAUUCAGUAUUUCAUUUUAUGUGUUGAAGAUGGUCGUAUUGCCCAAGUUUUGAAUUUUGAGCCAGCCGAUGAUGGGGAAAUGGAGGAAGUAGAAGCAGUUGCUGACCUUGUGAAGAGAAGCCUCAAUGGAAGUGGCCUAAGAAGGCCAACCAUGAAGGAAGUUGCCGAGGAGCUUGGAAGGCUAAAAAAGCUUAGUGAUAACUUUUGGGCUCACAAGGAAAAUGAAGAAGCUGAGCACUUGCUAGGAGAAUCCUCAUCAUAUACUUCUGAAUUUUUAAAUACCAAGAUGGAACAAGUGGAGACCUAUACGGUGCACACAACAUUUGACAUUGAGCAAGCAUCAUCAACUCUUGGCAUCUAGUCUUUCCUGCUACUAUAAUCUUCCAUAUGUGAUUAGUUACGACCUUUUCCGACAAAAUGCUGAGCAUUUGUGAAGGCUUUCCUUGCCACUUGGUUCUUGGUUCUCUAUGUUUAUAUAAGAUAAGUGUUGUAUUUGCUAAAUUUGAUUUAAGCAGGUCAAAAAGUUAAUAAAAUAUGAUUUUUCUA